GGGGCGCGGGGCAGCGCAGGUUCCCGUCUGCGCUCGCUGCGGCCUUCACUGAGCGGGGGGGCGGCCCCGGCCCGGCCCCGCAGGACGAUGGACCCGGCCGAGGCCGUCCUGCAGGAGAAGGCGCUCAAGUUCAUGCCCCGAAUACACAUGCCAAAAGAUGGAUUCCAACUUAUAUCUUCUGGAUACCAAGCAUGGCUAAAGCAGUGCUCUAUGCCCAGAUCUCUGUGGCUGGGCUGCUCCAGCCUGGCGGACAGCAUGCCCUCGCUGCGAUGCCUGUAUAACCCAGGGACUGGCGCACUCCCAGCUUUCCAGAAUUCCUCUGAGAGAGAAGACUGUAAUAAUGAUGAGCCCCCUAGGAAGAUCAUUCCUGAGAAGAAUUCACUUAGACAGACCUACAACAGCUGUGCCAGACUGUGCUUAAACCAGGAAACAGUAUGUCUAGGAAGCACUGCUAUGAAGACUGAAAAUUGUGUGGCCAAAACAAAACUUGCCAAUGGCACUUCCAGUAUGAUUGUGCCCAAGCAAAGAAAACUGUCUGCAAGCUAUGAGAAGGAGAAGGAGCUUUGCGUCAAGUACUUUGAACAGUGGUCCGAGUCCGACCAGGUGGAGUUUGUGGAGCACCUCAUCUCCCAGAUGUGUCACUACCAGCACGGACACAUAAACUCCUACCUCAAACCCAUGUUACAGCGGGACUUCAUCACUGCACUGCCAGCUCGGGGAUUGGAUCACAUUGCUGAGAACAUUCUGUCAUACCUGGAUGCCAAAUCUUUGUGUGCUGCUGAGCUGGUGUGCAAGGAGUGGUACCGAGUGACGUCAGAUGGGAUGCUGUGGAAGAAGCUCAUUGAGAGAAUGGUCAGGACAGACUCCCUGUGGAGGGGUUUGUCAGAGAGGAGAGGAUGGGGGCAAUAUCUGUUUAAAAAUAAACCUCCUGAUGGAACUGCGCCACCCAACUCCUUCUACAGAGCACUUUACCCCAAAAUUAUACAGGACAUAGAGACAAUAGAGUCGAAUUGGCGGUGUGGAAGGCACAGUUUACAGAGGAUCCACUGCCGAAGUGAGACAAGCAAAGGGGUUUAUUGUUUACAGUAUGAUGAUCAGAAGAUAGUAAGCGGUCUACGAGACAAUACUAUUAAGAUCUGGGAUAAGAAUACAUUGGAGUGCAAGCGAAUUCUCACUGGACACACAGGUUCUGUCCUGUGCCUCCAGUAUGAUGAACGGGUGAUCAUUACUGGAUCUUCAGACUCAACAGUCAGAGUGUGGGACGUGAACGCAGGCGAGAUGCUGAAUACACUGAUCCACCACUGCGAAGCCGUGCUGCACCUCCGCUUCAACAACGGCAUGAUGGUGACGUGUUCCAAAGACCGCUCCAUCGCCGUGUGGGACAUGGCUUCCCCGACAGACAUCACCCUGAGGAGGGUGCUCGUGGGGCACCGAGCUGCCGUCAACGUAGUGGACUUUGAUGACAAGUACAUUGUAUCAGCAUCAGGUGACAGAACUAUAAAGGUAUGGAACACUAGUACCUGCGAAUUUGUGCGCACCUUAAAUGGCCACAAACGAGGCAUUGCAUGUCUGCAGUACAGAGACAGGCUAGUAGUGAGCGGCUCUUCAGAUAAUACCAUCAGGCUGUGGGAUAUCGAGUGUGGGGCAUGUUUACGUGUACUGGAAGGCCAUGAAGAGUUGGUGAGAUGCAUACGCUUUGAUAACAAGAGGAUAGUCAGUGGGGCAUAUGAUGGGAAAAUUAAAGUAUGGGAUCUUGUGGCUGCUUUGGAUCCCCGUGCUCCAGCAGGGACCCUCUGCUUGCGAACCCUUGUGGAGCAUUCUGGAAGAGUCUUUCGACUUCAGUUUGAUGAGUUCCAGAUCGUCAGCAGCUCACAUGAUGACACCAUCCUCAUCUGGGAUUUUCUGAAUGACCCAGCUGCCCAGGCAGAAUCCACUCGUUCCCCGUCCAGAACAUACACCUACAUCUCCAGAUAAAUAACACUACACUGUACCUCACACUCGCACAGGACUCAUUUAAGCUGCAGUAUUUAAAUACCAGGACAAAAGAACUAUCCACGUAACCAAUACUUGCUGAAGAGAGAGGCUCUCAGACUUGUUUCUGGAACAAAGUUGGCAUGCGGUUGAUCUCAGACAGGGUCUACUCAGCGCGGCUGACUGCUAAAGUGCUGCUAUAUCAGAAGAUGACUUUUAUCUUUCAUGAACAGUUAACAUUUUUAAACCUUCCCAUCCCUUUCUUCCCUCAUUCCCCUCUUCAUGUUCACUCUUCCCUUUACCCCAUUUGGUUCCCCUCCAAGCCCAGUCACCAAUGUCCUAUGAAUAUAUUUAAGAUGUUGCCAGAAUGUGUUGCUUUGCUGUUAAGCAGAAGACUUACAGCCACAGUGCA